AUGAUUGGUUGCUUCAUAGAAUACUUUUUGUUUUCAUCAGUUGUUGUUACUGAGUUGGAAGGACAGCGAGUUGCUUUUUUUACUUUGAAAUGUAGAUAUAGGCCACAGCUAAGAAUAGUAAAUACUUACUGCUUUUUCAGGAUGUCGAACGAGUGGAGCAACGAUUGGGGCGACAGUUCUCAAACAACGCAACGACAUGGCUAUCAACAGCAACCACCUCAAUUUCAAGCAUAUGGCGGCUACUCCGAGCCCGCCACAGGAUACUACCAACCAAGUCAAGGUCAACCAGUGGCUCCGCAGCAAAAUUACGGCGAUUAUUAUGGGCAGCAACAAUCUUCUAACAUCGGAUAUGGAUUCCCAAGUUCGCCUCAGGAUUUCAUGUCGGAUCCGAUGAUGAAGGCUGCACAGCACUUUGGGGGACAGUUUGCUGAACAGCAAAAAGAAAAGAUAUCCAAGUACCUGAACACCUUCAAUCUCAAAUAUUAUUUCUCUGUUGAUAAUUCUUAUGUUGGAAAGAAGCUCGGAAUUUUGUUAUUCCCUUUCUUCCAUCGUGACUGGUCUUUAAAGUAUGCUGGUUCUGACGAGCCCGUGCCAGCUAAAGAUGAUGUUAAUGCUCCCGAUUUAUACAUACCAUUAAUGGCAUUCAUAACAUAUGUAAUAGUUUCAGGAUUUGUUCUAGGAACACAAGGGCGGUGA